AUGAAGCACGAUUUGCUGGAUAAGGUGACCAGUCCAGAAUCUCUACCGGCAUCCGCCUCUAUGGUUUCUCCUUACCCUUCAUGGCACAAGAACAAUGGUGCCCCGAUGGAUGUGGAUUCAGUAAAGUCAGUGUUCGACGACCUCCAGGCAAUGUUUGGGUUCCAGAAAGCCAGUUCGGUGAACAUGUUCCAGUAUUUAAUGCUGCUCUUGGAAUCUCGUUCUAGCAGGAUGCCGUGCAACUUGGCCUUGGUUUCAAUUCACGCUGAUUAUAUCGGUGGCGAUAAUGCCAAUUAUAAGAAAUGGUAUUUUGCCGCUGCCUAUGACUUGGACCAUGGGUACACCGAUAAGAAAAGUAUUCGUGCCAAAUGGAAAGAGCUUCCUCAGUACUUGCAAGGAAAACAUGUACCCAACGGGCUGAAGACGGAUGCCAAUGGCUGGUGGGCAAUGGAGACCAGCUGGCGGCAAAGGAUGCGUGCCUAUACUGAAGAAGAUUAUUUGAAGCAGUUGGCAUUGUAUCUUUUGAUUUGGGGAGAAGCCAAUAACGUGCGUUUCAUGCCUGAGUGUUUGUGCUUUAUCUACCGUUGUGCUCUGGAUUACAUGUACUCUUUUCAAGACGAAGCUCCUCCUGGGUUACCUGAAUUCUAUUUCCUUGACAACAUCAUCACUCCGAUUUACAAUUACAUUAGGGAUCAGCAAUUUGACGCUAUAGACGGCAAGUUUUUCAGAAAGCUCGGAAAAGACCACUCCCAUACUGUUGGUUACGACGAUGUCAACCUGUUCUUUUGGUUCGACCAGAACCUUAAAAAGAUCUCUCUCGAAGACGGAACCAACCUUAUCGACCAUCCUUCUGAAACCCAUUACACAUUGCUCCAUUCGGUUGACUGGAAUAAUGUAUUCUUCAAAUCCUACUACGAGACUCGCUCCUGGUUUCAUCUAAUUGUCAACUUUAGCAGAAUCUGGAUUAUUCACCUCUCCAUGUUUUGGUACUUCUUCACCAUUAAUACUCCCGUGCUCUACACCAAGAACUACAUGCCUCAUUUAGACAACCGGCCAGCUCCCCAAGUGCAACUCUUCUUCUCGGCGGUGUUGUCCUACUCGUCUGGAACUAGCACCUUGAAACCAUGGAAAACGACUUUCGACAGACUUCCAACACUCUUCCUAUCGAAAGUCCAUUUCCCUCUUUGUUCUCUGCAGAAGGACAAUUUUGCAAUCUCUAAGCUUUGGAAUUGUAUUGUGAUCUCCCUUUACAGAGAUCAUCUUGUUUCUGUGGAACAAGCUAAUCGUUUGGUCUAUCAGCAUGAUCCUACCGAAACACCGUGGAGAGCGCCUACCAUAGCGACGCCACCUAAUUUCUUUGGCUCUCAGGACGAUGGAGUGGCCAGUGAUGCCGAAUCUGUGUUCUCCCAAAGUAAAGAAUCGGCACGAAGAAUCUCUUUCUUUGCUCGCUCGUUGACUUGCCAAUGGCCUGAAUCAUACCUGAUAGAAGGCCUACCAUCGUUCACAGUUUUAAUUCCUCAUUAUUCUGAGACCAUGGUUAUUGGUCAAAAGGCUCUUCUUAAGGAACGUCCAGGCUGCAAGAUAUCGCUUCUUGACUACUUGAAGAAGAUGCACAAGAAAGAGUGGAGGUCUUUCGUCAGAGAGGCAAAAUUGAUGGACGCUGUUCUUAGCUCUUCUAUUCCUAACACUGCCGACUCAGCUCUUGGUAAAGAUUUGGUAUCUCCUGGUAGCCUUCCAGAAUCAGCGGCUCUUGAAGGGAAGUUCGUGGAUGAAUGCAUUGAUGACAUACCAUACAACAGUGUGGGAUAUAAGAAUUCAUUUCCGGAAUUUGCAAAGAGAACACGAAUUUGGGCAAGCUUGAGGUGUCAAACACUUUACCGAACCAUUACAGGCUUCAUGAACUAUCAAACAGCGUUAAAAGCCUUGUAUUUUUCCGAGACAUACAGUUUUGAAUCGGAACACUUGGCUGACCAAGCUGAACUUGAGCUUGAACUUGACCGAUUCGUAUCACGGAAGUUUCGAUUACUUGUCAGUAUGCAAAGAUAUCUUGAUUUUGAUCUCGAAGAACAAGAACUGGUUGAGAUGCUCAGAAGUUGCAACCCAAACUUGAAAAUUUGUUAUAUCGAGAAGUCUGGUGAAUUUUAUUACUCUGUGCUCUUGGGUUCUCGAAAUGGUUCUGAAGAAGGCACCCCUUUGCGUAUUCGGCUCUCUGGAAACCCGAUUAUUGGAGAUGGAAAAUCAGAUAACCAAAACCACGCAGUAAUCUUCCAACGUGGUGAAUAUCUCCAAACGAUUGAUGCAAACCAAGAUAACUACAUUGAGGAGUGCUUGAAGAUAAAGGCAGUCCUUGCAGAAUUCGAGGAAAUCCAGGUAGAUCCUUCUUCCACGUAUGAAGCUGACAUUGUCAAUGCAGUUAGACCAGCGCCUAUUGCCUUCUUAGGCGCUAGGGAGUUCAUAUUUUCAGAAAAGACUGGCGUUCUAGGUGACAUAGCUGCCGGUAAAGAGCAAACUUUUGGAACAUUGUUCGCUAGAACCCUUUCAAAGGUAGAUGCUAAGCUUCAUUAUGGGCAUCCUGACUUUAUCAACACGAUAUUUAUGUUCACUCGUGGAGGAAUUUCGAAAGCUCAAAAAGGUCUUCACUUGAAUGAGGACAUAUACUCUGGUAUGAAUGCUAUCAGCAGAGGUGGUCGUAUAAAGCAUUGCGACUACUAUCAGUGUGGGAAAGGUCGUGAUAUGGGGUUUGGUUCGAUUGUUAACUUCACGACUAAGAUUGGUGCUGGUAUGGGAGAGCAGAGCUUAUCUCGAGAGUUAUUCAACUUGGGUACAACACUUCCAAUCGAUAGGUUUCUUUCUUUCUAUUAUGCUCAUGCUGGUUUCCAUAUCAAUAACGUCUUCAUCAUUCUUUCCGUUGAGCUUUUCCUUCUCAUAUUCUUGACUAUUGGAGCACUCAAAUUCGAGACCAUUUCAUGCGAAGAUAUUCCAGGUUCUCUUCCAACUGAUCCCAAAUUUGCCUUGAGAGAGUUCAUAUUGGAUUAUAAGCAUUUCUUGCACUGGAUCUUCAGUGAACAGACCAAAGCGAACUCCUCAUGGAGCCUCUUUAGAAAGAGACACAGAUCAAGAUUCACAGGAGUGAAGAAGAAGUUGUUGAAUGUGCAAGGAAAGCAUCUCGUGGAGCUAAACUCACCUUCAAGGUGGUCAAGGUUACAUUUGGAUGUCCUUUACCCUGCUGUUGAGUUUUGCCUUUAUCUCGUUCCUUACCUUUUCAUCACUGCCCAGAGUGGCGUCAAGAAUCCCACUCCUGUGAACCCCAUCAUGCGCGUCUUGAUCUUGUCAUUAUUGCCAGUGGUUCUUAACUUUAUUUUCCUUAUCGUCACAUUCCCUGUCAACUUCGUAUUGGGAAAUACAUUAGGUUUAUGCUGUGGGAAGUACCCGAAGAUGUCGAGAGGACUCACGUUCGUAUGGAGCCUCGUUAAUUUUGCUUUCCUGAUUCAAGUCGUUAUCCAUUUGCAUGAAUACAGCAUUGCACGAACACUCUGUGCUUUUGUUUGUAUCACUAAGUUCCAAACAUGGUUGCGAAACGUCAUUUACACUCUUUGUCUUACCAAGGAACUAGAUACAUCCUCCGUCAGUUCCAGCUGGUGGCUGGGUAAAUGGAGUCUCAAAACUUUAAGCUGGCUUGUCGUCACUCAGCCACUGCGAGAGUUGUUUGUCAAAACUACAGAACUCACCAUUGGUGAGGAAUUUGACUUCGAAACCGAUGGUAUCCCAACACUCCGGCCUUCCCAGAAUGAUGACCUCUUUGGUCUUGAAGAGGAUUUCGGCACCCUACGGUUGUCACCUCAAAAGCAGUCCAGCAAUAGGCCACCAGCAAGGCAGCUAAACCAUAAACCAUCGCUUUCUCCUGGCUUUAUGAUGCAAUUUGUCGAAUCUGAGGAAGAUCACUUGUCGUUCGACAAGGACUUCAAUGAGAAUGAUCUAUUUAAUCCUGGUGAUGUUCUUCGGCAGAACGGCCUGCUUGUAACUCCAAAAGCUAAGUUUUCCCCUGGAACUGCCUCAAAUCCGUCUCCAUUGAGAAGAAGGUCUUUGAGCGACUAUAGUGAAGGCACGGAUACAGCAAUGACAUCUGAAAUGGACGACGACGAUUUUGAGGAAGAAAUUGACGAUAUUUUCGGCAAAGAAGAAAGUGGAAUUUACAGCAGUGGUGGACGCUCAAACUCAAAUCCUAAUGGUAGUAGGGCAGGCCAGAUUUUGUCAAACAAGAAAGAGCAGCUUCAACGGCAGGCUGAAAAGGAGGAAGCAGAAAUGUACGAGCGUUAUAAGCAGCUGAGGCAUAGUGAAGGAGCAAUAAAUACUCUCAAGUUGAAGGAUCUCAACCAAGCUAUGCUGAACAAUCAGAUUAACCAAGAUCCCUUGGAAAAUGAACGCACGGUGAAUUAUGAGUACACGCGUGAUGAUAACGAAGCAUUUGAAGAUGGGUUUGACUUGGAGCAGCCAUUAGAUCUAGAGAUCUCCAAGUUCCAUCGUCCAAGUCUCAAGAAAAAGAGUCUAGCACGAGAGAUGUCGAUGCCAAACUUCCCCAAGUCGUUGGAAUCAUCGAGGCCCACAAAAUACAAAUCAUCCAUGGAUUUGGCAGCAUUUACGCGUAAGGACCACCCGGUCUUUAACAGCAGCAAUGAAAUUAUCAAGAGGCUCAAUAGGAUGCCAUCUUUUCAUAACCAAACAGGUCGUCUGGAACCUAAGAAUGAUGACGAGAUCAAUCGAGACAUGGAGCUUCGCAAGAAGGAGCUACUUGAGAAGUAUAUGGAGAUCACGGAGAAGCAAAAGAAGCUCAACACCAGCCCUCAGAGAAAUAAGACAGCCUCACGCGAGCCAACGAACAAGAGGAAAGGUGUAGGGUUGGUAAAGUUUCUUAAUAACCAGGAUAAUGCACCUGCGGUGAAUCCUAACAAUAAGAUGAAAUACAACCCUAUGCAUAAGCUUUGGGAAGGUAAUGAGCAUGACCUCAUGAGGUUUGAGGAGCCAGAGAGUGAUCACCCUGGAAGAAAGCCAGGUCUUAUACGGAAGCAAGACUUCCAGCAAAGGACGGAAAAAAUCCAGGGUAACAUGAGGUAUGAUGCAGAGAAUUUACGUUGGGUCAACACCGAAGACGACGAUAAGGAAAACGAGAAGAUUUUCGAAGACGUGCCGGACUUGGAGCCCAACGACAUACCUCAGUACACGCGUCCAGACUUGAAUUUUGAUAUACAUGGAAGAGGCGUGAGUACAUUUACCCAGCGUACGGUUCUGACGACAUCGAGCGAUCGAAGCUCUGCCUUGGGGCGUCAAAACGUCGGAAAUGAAUUCCAGCUUCUGACAAAGAAUCUCAGCAGGUUUGAGAAAGAAGAAGCUAAAAUCAAAAGAAAAACGCAUAACUGGUUUGCGCCAAAGGAGCAAUACCGUUUAAACAAGGAACGGACCUUCUCUGGUGAUUACUUCUGGGAGAUUCGCAAGAUGGUGUGCGAAGAAAAUUAA